AUGAAGUCUGCUGUCUUGGCUGUUGCGGCUGCCGCCGCCGCUGUUUCGGCCCACGAGGCUCGCUCGCCCCUUGAUCUCGGCGUCAAAGUCGGCAACCUCGUCAGCAUUGAUAUAUGCGUCGGCAUCGAUGUCAGCAUCCCUCCUGCACUCUCCCUCCAGAUUGACGGCUGCCCCAAGAACGCCCCUCCUCCGGGCCGCACCAAUGUCUGGCACCCUCCUCACCAUGUCCCCAUGGACGAUUGCGACGACAACGGCAACACUGAAUGGCAUUGGGUUCAACCUUGCGGCUGCAAGCCCGAAACCCCACACGUCUGGGCUACUAGCACCGUCACCGAGACCCAGUACUCUACCGUCAUUAGCUGUGCUCCGACUGUGACCAACUGCCCUGCUCGCAGCCAUGGCGUCGUCACUGUAGUCGUCCCGGCCACCACCACCGUUUGCCCGGUUGCCGUCCCGGCCACUACUCUGGCUACCGUUGCUACCUCUACUGGCCCUGCCUCCACUGGUGCCAAAUCCGAUACCUCGUCAACGCCUGCUACCGGAGCCGGGACCGAGCCUGCAGCCACUCAACCUCCUCACUCUGAGACCAGACCUGUAGCUACACAACCUCCUCAAUCCGAGUCUCACCCCUCAGCUUCUCAGCCUGCUCUCUCCGAGUCUCAGCCAGGCUCCAAAGCCCCUCCAGCUACCGCUUCAUGCCCCGGGUGCACCACUCCCGCGGAGGCCAUUCCCGAGACAACUCCCUGCCCGAAAGGGGCCACCCCCGUGGUGGUUCCUCCUGUUGGCACUGUCUCGCAUCCUCCUCAGGGCAACUGGACACAGCCCCCCCCUUCCAUGGCCGCCGCUGUCCAGAACAGCCAAAAGGUCGGCGCCGUUGUUGCCAUCGGUCUCGCUGCUGUCUUCCUAUGA